GGUCCAAAGAUUCUCCUCCGUUCUUCAGGGACCAGAGCCCAAACCCACGAUCUGCAUCCAGGCUGUCUGUGAAGAGCCACUGGUCUAAAGAUUCUCCUCCGUUCUUCAGGGACCAGAGCCCAAACACACGGACUCAGGAGGAGCAGCCGUCCUGCUGUGCUUUGUGUCAGGACGUCCUGAAGGAUCCAGUCUUUACCAGCUGUGGACGCUGGUUCUGCAGACGGUGCAUCGCCUCAUACUGGGACCAGUCUGCUUCAUCAGGAGACUCCUGCUGUCCCCAGUGUGGAGAAAGAUCCAGAACCCCAGAUGGACUGCAGAUAGCCUGUCAGACCAGCAUUCUGCAAACAGAAAGUGGUCUGCAGAAGGUUUCAGAUAACCAUAAGAUCAGAGUGAAGAGGACAUGUGAACAUGUGACUGAAGGAAGUAACGUAACAGGAAGUGGAUCCCUCCUCAGCAGGAUCUACUCUGAGCUCUACAUCACAGACGGACUGAGUGAAGAAGUUAAUACCCAACAUGAGGUGAGGCAGCUCGAGACAGCUUCCAAGAUGAAGACCCUCCAUGACUCUCCUAUCAAGUGCAGAGACAUCUUUAAAGCCUUACCUGACCAACAGAAACACAUCAGAGUCGUUAUGAUGAUCGGCGUCGCUGGCGUUGGAAAAACCUUCUCAGUGCAGAAGUUCUGUCUGGACUGGGCCGAGGGUUUGGAAAACCAAGAUGUGGUUCUGGUGAUCCCUCUUUCCUUCAGGGAGCUGAACUUGAUCAAAGAUGAGCAGUACAGUCUUCUGGAGCUGCUCCGUGUUUUCCAUCCAACAUUACAGGAGGUCACAGCAGAGCAGCUCGCUGGCUCUAAAGUUCUCUUCAUCUUUGACGGCCUGGAUGAAAGCAGACUUUACCUGGAUUUCAACAACAAAGAGGCUGUUUCUGAUGUCACACAGAAGUCAUCAGUCAACGUGCUGUUGACAAACCUCAUCCAGGGGAAGCUGCUUCCCCUGGCUCUCAUCUGGAUAACUUCCCGACCUGCAGCAGCCAAUCAGAUCCCUCCUGCGUGUGUUGACAGGGUAACAGAAGUACGAGGCUUCACUGACGACCAGAAGGAGGAGUACUUCAGGAAGAGAGUCAGUGAUGAAGAGCUGUCCAGCAGAAUCAUCUCCCACAUCAAGACCUCCAGGAGCCUCCACAUCAUGUGUCUGAUCCCAGUCUUCUGCUGGAUCACUGCUACAGUUCUGGACCACAUGUUGACUACAGACCAGAGAGGAGAGCUGCCCAAGACCCUGACUGACAUGUACUCACACUUCCUGCUGGUUCAGACAAAGAGGAAGAAGCUCAAGUAUGCUGAGGGACAUGAGAAGAGUCCACAGGAGCUGACGGAGGCUGACAGGGAAGUUCUUCUGAAGCUGGGGAGGCUGGCGUUUGAACAGCUGGAGAAAGGAAACAUCAUGUUCUACCAAGAAGACCUGGAGCGCUGUGGUCUGGAUGUCACAGAGGCCUCGCUGUACUCAGGAGUUUGUUCAGAGAUCUUCAAAAGAGAAAGUGUGAUCUUCAAGAAAACAGUCUACUGCUUCGUUCAUCUGAGCGUUCAAGAGUUUCUGGCUGCAGUCUACUUGUUCCACUGUUACACCAACAAGAACACAAAGGUACUGGAGGACUACCUGGAAAAUAGAGAUGAUGAUGAUGAUGAGGAUGAGGAUGAGGAUGAUGAUGACUACAGUGACGAUGACCAUUACCCAUCUCUAGAUGACUUCCUGAUGAAAGCCAUGGACAAAUCCCUUGAAAGUAAAAAUGGCCACCUGGACCUGUUUGUCCGCUUCCUUCAUGGCCUCUCUCUGGAGUCCAACCAGAGACUCUUAGGAGGCCUGCUGGGUCAGACAGACAACAGUCCAGAAAUCAUCCAGAGAGCCAUCAACAACCUGAAGGAGAUGAAUGCUAAGUUGAUCUCUCCUGACAGAAGCAUCAACAUCUUCCACUGUCUGACGGAGAUGAACGACCACUCAGUCCAUCAGGAGAUCCAAGAGUUUCUGAAGUCAGAGAACAGAUCGGAGAAGAGACUCUCUGAGAUCCACUGCUCAGCUCUGGCCUACAUGCUGCAGAUGUCAGAGGAGGUUCUGGAUGAGUUGGACCUGGACAAGUACAACACAUCAUGGGAGGGUCGACUCAGACUGAUCCCAGCUGUGAGGAACUGCAGAAAGGCUCGACUUCGUGAAUGUUGGCUGUCAAAGACUCACUAUGAAUUUGUGGCUUCAGCUCUGAAGUCCAACCCCUCCCAUCUGAGAGAGCUGGACCUGAGAGGAAGCAAGCUGCAGGACUCAGGAGUGAAGCUGUUGUCUGCUGGACUUGAGAGUCCACACUGUAGACUGAAGUCACUCAGACUUGCCAAUUCUGGACUGACAGAGAUCAGCUGUGCUUCUCUGGUCUCAGUUCUGAAGUCCAACCUGUCCCAUCUGAGAGAGCUGGACCUGAGCAGAAACAACCUGCAAGAUUCAGGAGUGAAGCUGCUGUCGGCUGGACUGCAGAGUCCACAAUGUACUCUGGAGACUCUCGGAUUGAGUGACUGCGGUUUGUCAGAGAUCAGCUGUGCUUCUCUAGCCUCAGCUCUAAAGUCCAACCCCUCCCAUCUGAGAGAGCUGGACCUGAGUCACAACUACGAGCUUCAGGAUUCAGGAGUGAAGCUUCUGUGUGAAUUUCUGGAGAGUCCACAAUGUAGACUGAACACUCUGAGACUUAAUCACUGUGAACUACUGGGGAUCUGCUGUGCUUCUCUGGCCUCAGCUCUGAAGUCCAACCCCUCACAUCUGAGAGAGCUGGACCUGAGCUUCAACAAGAUGCAGGAUUCAGGAGUGAAGCUUCUGUCUGAUGGACUGCAGAGUCCACACUGCAGACUGGAAACUCUGAGGUUGAUUUGCUGUCUUCUGACGGAAGGAAGUUGUCUUUCUCUAGCCUCAGCUCUGAAGUUCAACCCCUCCCAUCUGAGAGAGCUGGAGCUGAGCUUUAACGAGCUGCAGGAUUCAGGAGUGAAGUGGCUGUGUGAUGUUUUGAAGAGUCCACAUUUCAGACUGGAGACUCUGAGGUUAAAGGACUGUAAGAUCACAGAUGAUGGCUGUACUUCUUUGGCCUCAGCACUGAAGUCCAACCCCUCCCAUCUGAGAGAGCUGGACCUGAGUAACAACUACAGGCUGCAGGGUCCAGGAGUUGAGCUACUGCGUGAUCUUAUGGAGAGUCCAAACUGUAGACUGCAGACUCUGGAUGUUAAAGGUUCCCCCGCCACAUUGACUGGAGUCCAGAAGAUGAGUGAUUUGGAGGAACAGGACAGACCAGAUUCUCCAGGAUCCGGACUGAGUGACCGGUCUAAAGAUCCUCCAUGUUUCAGUAAUGAACCUGGACCCUCAGUCACAAAGGUUACUGGACGAGAGUGCACGGCUGCACCUGACGGACACAAAGCCAACUUCGUGAAUGUUGGCUGUCAAAGACUCACUAUGAAUUUGUGGCUUCAGCUCUGAAGUCCAACCCCUCCCAUCUGAGAGAGCUGGACCUGAGAGGAAGCAAGCUGCAGGACUCAGGAGUGAAGCUGUUGUCUGCUGGACUUGAGAGUCCACACUGUAGACUGAAGUCACUUUCACUUGCCAAUUCUGGACUGACAGAGAUCAGCUGUGCUUCUCUGGUCUCAGUUCUGAAGUCCAACCUGUCCCAUCUGAGAGAGCUGGACCUGAGCAGAAACAACCUGCAAGAUUCAGG